CAAGAUGUGCUGACGUUGCGUAAUAGUAGUUUGUUAUUAUUAUUGAUAUGAAUAAAAUAUAUAAAGAGGCGUUCCACCGCAGAACUCUUCUCUCUCUCAUUUAACACUUCCCCCAACGGCACUCCUUCCUGGCUCCUCCUUUUCCCAACCUUCCCAGAUUUGAUAGUUUGAUCUUCAUGAAUUCAACAACAACUGAAGCAUCCGUGGUUUCCUGUAAAUCGGGAAACAAGAGCGACCUUUGCUUUUUCUGGAUUUUGUUCUCAUUGCUGCCGAAAUUCUUGGGAACGCCUUUUGUAUUCGUGAACUUCCUAUUGAUUAAGGCCAUUGAUCGAAGUCCCUCAGCAGUAGGAUUGUUUGGGGAUUUUCAGGGAAUUGAACUGUAGCUAAGAUUUGACGUACACGACUCCUAAUUGCUCCCUGCUUCAUCAUUGUUCUGCUUACAAAAAUGGUUUCGUCUCAGUUCUGUGGUUUGACAAAGCCCCAUUUGAAUAAAUCAAUUCAGAAUCAGUUACUUCUUCCGAGGAAUCCCACAGAUUCUGUGGUCUCAGAGCAACUUGAACUGGAUUUCUCUGAUGUAUUUGGCCCUCUACCAGUACCACCGACACCGAUAGAAGCGAAUUUUGGUGAUUCCGAAGAUUCAAAUGAGCUCGUGUAUGAUGACCCAGUAGUAAUUUACAAUCGUUCGCAUUCUCUGGUUGGGCCGUCAUCUUUCGUCAGCCAAUCCUUGAAUCUCAACAAGCUUACCAUAAGCGAGACAGAGGAGGUGGUGGAAUGUGUUGAUAGAGACACUAAAGCUGUUGAGAAUGAGAAAGUUCAGAACCAGGAUGCUUACAUUGAGGAUGGAAUGGUUGAGAAAGAUAACACGCCAGUACAAAAUGUGGGGAUUGAAGAUUUUGAGGUUCUUAAGGUGGUUGGGCAGGGUGCAUUCGCUAAAGUAUAUCAAGUGAGGAAAAAAGGGACAUUGGACAUAUAUGCAAUGAAGGUUAUGCGGAAAGACAAAAUAAUGGAGAAGAAUCAUGCUGAAUACAUGAAAGCUGAGAGGGAUAUAUUAACUCAAAUUGACCAUCCCUUCAUUGUCCAGCUCAGAUACUCAUUUCAAACUAAAUAUAAACUGUAUCUUGUGUUGGAUUUUGUCAACGGUGGCCAUCUGUUCUUUCAACUUUAUCACCAAGGCCUUUUCAGAGAGGAUCUUGCACGUAUAUAUGCUGCUGAGAUUGUUUCUGCGGUUUCUCACCUACAUGCUAAUGGCAUAAUGCAUAGGGAUCUUAAACCUGAAAAUAUAUUAUUGGAUGCCGAUGGCCAUGCCAUGUUGACUGAUUUUGGGCUUGCUAAGCAAUUUGAUGAGAACAUGAGAUCUAAUUCUCUGUGCGGAACCGUAGAGUACAUGUCACCUGAAAUUGUUCUUGGAAAAGGCCACAAUAAGGCUGCAGACUGGUGGAGUGUAGGAAUCCUUUUAUUUGAAAUGCUUACUGGGAAGCCUCCUUUCACUGGAAACAGGGAGAAAAUUCAGCAGAAGAUAGUGAAGGAUAAGAUCAAGUUGCCAGCAUAUUUAUCAAGUGAAGCUCAUUCUCUGCUGAAAGGUAUGCUUCAGAAGGAUGCUAGUAAGCGGUUAGGCAGUGGAGCGGGAGGGAGUGAAGAAAUUAAAAGGCACAGAUGGUUCAAGGCUAUAAACUGGAGGAAAUUGGAUGGCCGAGAAAUCCAACCAAGUUUUCGACCUGAAGUGGCUGGUACACACUGCGUUGCUAACUUUGAGAAACACUGGACUGACAUGCCUCUUGUGGAUUCACCUGUCGCAAGCCCCAUUGCUAGUGGCAGCGUGUUUAUGGGCUUUUCGUAUGUGAAGCCUGCUGCCUCGUUUCUUUGCAACGAUGCUUCCUGCUAGAGUUACUACAGUAUUUUGUAUUAUACAAUACUAUUAUCUCGUUAAUAAUUGAAUUAUAAUUUAUGUUUGCUAUUUCUUGUCAUUUGAGAAAGAGAUGGAUUUGCUUGCAGCCUUUAUGGUAUUAAUUAAGACAUUGUUGGUAUUGUUUUCUA